CUUCAUCCAGAAUCAGUGUCGAAAAUGAGAUCACUUACAGUUCUUGUAGUGGCAGCCGUCCUGGCGGUUGCAUCCGCUGCCUUUGUUCCUAGUACUAGUCAGGUCAAAUACGCCGACAAGGAGUGGCUUCACAAACAGGAAGAUCUGCUGUUGUUGUUCCGUCAUCUUUACCAGAAGGAUUGGAACCCCCAGUUGGUAGCCUAUGCCAAGAAUUUCGUGGUGGAGAAGAAUUUCCAUUUGUAUGACAACGAAAAUGUUGCUAAGGAGUUCUGGACUUACUACAACCAUGGAAUGCUGCCGAAGGGUGAGGUCUUCUCCGUGUUCAACGAAGUGCAUCGUGAGCAGGCCAUAGCUUUGUUCCACCUGUUCUAUUACGCCAAGGAUUGGGAUACUUUCUACAAAACUGCCGCGUGGGCUCGUUACUACAUGAACGAAGGUAUGUUUGUGUACGCGUUGACCGUUGCUGUGACCCACCGUCAGGAUUUCGCUGGAUUUGUGCUUCCUGCGCCGUAUGAAAUUUACCCGUACUAUUUCAUCAACACCGAAGUGAUCCAAAAAGCUCAACAGUACAAAAUGCAGGGUUACUACGGAAUGAAGAAGGUCGGUGAAGUGUAUACAGCUGUUGUUACCAGCAACUAUACCGGAUGGUACGUGCAUACAAAUCCCGAUCAGAAGAUUUCUUACUUCACCGAGGAUAUUGGCCUCAAUACCUACUAUUAUUACUUCCAUACUGAUUAUCCUUUCUGGAUGGGUGGCAAGGAAUUCGGUUUGUACAAGGAUCGCCGCGGUGAACUGUUCCUGUAUGAGCACCAGCAAAUUUUGGCUCGCUACUAUCUGGAACGUCUGUCCAAUGAUCUUGGUCACAUUCCUAAAUUUUCCUGGUACUGGCCAGUGAAAACAGGUUACUACCCGGAUCUACAGUACUACAAUGGACACACUUUCCCGAGCCGUGAUAAUUAUUACUUUGUAAACCAAGAGUCCAACUACUACGACAUUCAGUUGAUCGACGAUUACGAGCACCGCAUUCGAGAAGUGAUUGAUCGUGGGUUCUUGGUGAAACCGGAUGGUAGCAUGGUCAACUUUACUACUCCGGAAGCCAUCGACUACCUCGGUAAUUUGAUCCAGGGCAACCCAGACAGCUACGAUACUCGAUACUUCAAAUACUUAAGCAUGUUCUCGCGCAUUCUUUUGGGAGCUGCUGUGGAACCAGUUGAAGCUUAUCAGGUGAUCCCAAGUGUCCUGGAGCAUUUCGAGUCAUCUCUGCGUGAUCCAGUGUUCUACCAGAUUUUCAAGCGAAUCAUCCAGUACUACUACCAGUUCAAGAAUCACCUUCCAGCAUACACCCACGAAGAGUUGUACUUCCCAGGAGUUGAGAUAGAUGACGUUGUCGUUGACAAGCUUGUGACAUAUUUUGACUGUUUCGACGUAGACAUCACCAACGCCAUUGACAUUGAACCCGAGCCUUACGUUGAAGGAAAAUACGACGGCUUCGGCGAGAUCGAGUGUAAACCAGAUCCGGUUGUGAUCAAGGCUCGCACUAUUCGGCUGAAUCACAAACCAUUCACCUACAAAGUUAGCGUCACUUCCGAAAAGGCAGUCAAAUCCGUUGUUCGAGUUUUCAUUGGACCCAAGUAUGACGAGUUCGGUUCUCAGUACAAGCUGAAUGAAAACCGCGAGAACUACUACGAACUGGAUUACUUCGUGUACGAUUUGGUUGCUGGAAAGAAUGUCAUCACCCGAAAUUCGCUGAGCUUUAACGGUUACGUCAAGGAUCGCACAUCGUUCUACGAGUUGUACAAGAAGGUUAUGUUGGGAUACAAGGGCGAAGAUAAAUUCCCGCUGGACAUGUCGGAAGCGCACUGUGGAUUCCCGAAUCGUUUGAUGCUCCCGAAGGGCAAGAAGGGCGGUAUGCCGUUCCAGUUCUUCUUCAUGCUUUCACCGUAUUACGAACCAGAGGUACCACAGUACAGCGGAUUUGAUCCGGUCGUAUCCUGCGGCGUUGGAUCCGGUGCACGAUAUUUUGACAAGCUACCGUUCGGCUAUCCAUUCGAUCGCAAGAUUGAUGAGACCUAUUUCCAUGUGCCGAACAUGUUCUUCGAGGAUGUUGUGAUAUUCCACAAGAAAGAAGGUGAUGUCAAUACCGUGGUUUGAACAGAACUCUCCGGCCGGCGAUCCUGUUUAGACAUUAAGUCUACGAAAUUAGAUUCCCCACGCCGGACUGUGGAAUCUAGAUUCGUUCGCGCUAUAAUGUGAUAUUGUUUGUAAUAAAAAGAUGAGCGUACGAAACGUUUAAUGAAAAA